GCGAUGCCUUUUUUAGCCCCUUUUUGCUUCCGCAUCUGAUUCAUGGCGCUGCCAACACUGCCCCUUUAUUGCAGUUAUAUUUGGCAAACGAACGCGACGCGAGGUCUGCAAAAUGUUUAAAGCGCGAGGAGCGGCCAACCAGUGAGUGCACCUCGAUUGAUCUGUUCGAUCCGAUCUGGUCUCGCAAUCGGGCAGCGCAAAACCGCAGGGCAACCGCAGCAAAUGCCAUCGUGAUAGAAACGCCCACCCACACAGGCAAACGAACGGGGAUUUGGAUUUGAGUUUGGACUCGGAGUCACCACACACGCACACACUCGCGCGGACCCUUGGAGCACCAACCGCACACGCAAACACACACCGCACACCCCACCAGCCACACACACACUCACACCCGCAACGAUGUCACACCUACCAUUGCCGCUUUAUGGCUUCGCGGCAUUCUUCAUGGUUUUCUGGCUGGGCACCUGGAUGGUGCAUGUGAUAGCCAUCUGCUACGGGCGCUAUAAGCUGCACAAGAAGUCCUGCAAGCUGCCCACGGAGGCACAACCGCUGCCAGGUGUCUCCAUUCUCAAGCCUCUUAUGGGCGUCGAUCCCAACCUGCAGCACAACCUGGAGACCUUCUUCACCAUGGACUAUCCGCUGUACGAGCUGCUCUUCUGCGUCGAGGACAAGGAGGACCCGGCCAUACAGCUGGUGGAGAAACUGCUGGCCAAGUACCCGCUGGUGGACGCCACCCUCUUUGUAGGUGGCUCCGACGUGGGCGUCAACCCCAAGAUCAAUAACAUCCAUCCCGGUUAUAUGGCCGCCAAGUACGACUUUGUGAUGAUCUCAGACAGCGGCAUCAAGAUGAAGGACGACACGCUGCUAGACAUGGUGCAGAACAUGUCCGAGAAGCACGCCCUGGUCCACCAGAUGCCCUUCACCAGCGACCGAGACGGAUUUGCGGCCACCUUCGAGAAGGUCUUCUUCGGCACGGUGCAGAGCAGAAUCUAUCUAUCGGCGGAUGUGCUGGGCAUCAAUUGUCACACGGGCAUGUCUUGUCUGCUGCGCAAGGCUGUCAUCGACCAGCUGGGCGGCCUGCGAGCAUUUGGCUGCUACUUGGCUGAGGAUUUCUUCAUCGCGCGCAGUGUAACGCGACUGGGCUGGAAGAUGCGCAUCUCCAAUCAGCCGGCGCUGCAGAACAGCGGUCUCUGUGACAUCGGAAGCUUCCAGGCGCGGCUCAUUCGAUGGGCCAAGCUGCGCGUGGCCAUGGUCCCCACCACCAUACUGCUGGAGCCGCUAUCCGAGUGCAUGAUCCUUGGCGCCAUAGCCGCCUGGUCGGCAUCCGUGCUGUUCAGCUGGGAUCCGCUGGUGUUCUACCUGGUGCACGUGCUCUGUUGGUUCCUGUCCGACUGGCUGCUGCUCUCCAUUGUCCAGCACGGCUCGAUGCCGUUCCACAAGUUCGAGUUCGUCGUCGGCUGGCUGUUCAGGGAGCUGACCGGACCCUAUCUGUUCCUGCACGCCCUCUGGAAUCCGGCCAUCCGCUGGCGCGCCCGCACCUACAAGCUUCACUGGGGCGGAGUGGCCUACGAACUGAACAGCCCCGCCACCGAUGCUGCCAACGACCCGCUGGCGCCACAGCCACAGCCCGCACCCACGUUAGAGCCUGCGGUAGUCAACGCUGGAACAACGGGGGACACGCUGAUCUGCACGGGCGCCAAGCAGCGACUGCUGGUGUCGUAGCACCUAAUAGUUAAGUUUGUUAUUUUGUACUUGUGAGCAAACGAACUCAGCGGACUGCAAGCGACUGGCGGGCGGCGUCUAGCGUCUGGUAGUAGUAUUAUUAGCUGAACCUUAGUCACUACGUAAGUCUAGACUUAAAGCUGUAAAAAAGGCGAAUGCGGAGCGGCAUCCACGCACUCCUCCUGGACGUGAAGCGCGGCAGGCGGACCUAGAUUAGUUUAGAGACACUGUUUAGACGACGAGCGUAUCGCUGCGAUCGCUCGCCAGAGAUUUAGAUGUAGGCGUUCGAGCAGAUCGACCCGGGCGCAUUUUGGUGGCUUCAUGGAAACUGGUUAAUGAUGAUGCUUUGUGUAUAUAUAUAGCGUACAUAUUUUGUAGCCAGCCUGUACAGAGACGUAAGCCCUAGUUAGCAUUAUGAUUGCGUUAGUUAGUUCUCCCCGCUUCUUUUGUUGCUUUAUUGAGUUGUAAUUAUUUAUUUUGGCCAAGCACACUAGGUAUACUGUUAUCGCUAAGCCUAUACUUAUGAUUACUUUUAGUUAAGUUGUUUGUGUUGUUUUCUGUUUGUCCCAGCUGCUGUACAUAGGCGCCAAAAGGGAAUGCCAUUGAAUAAAUGAAAUCAAAUCGAAUCGAAUCGAAACGAUCGUGAGAAUGAAAACCCA